AUGACAGGCUUCGCCGGGCAUCCCCACUCCAUGGUUCCCACGCACCCUGGGGAGUACGCUGCAGAAAGCCGCCUCGGGCUGAGUCCAUUCCGGUCAGAAAACAUGGGGCACCACCACCAUCCUCUCCAUCAUCAUCAUCACCACCGCCACCACUCUCAUCCUCCUCAUCACUCAGCGGCCCUUAAGCUCAGCCCUGCCCCUCAGACUCAUCCCCACCAUCCUGUGACAGGCCAAGCCGAGGUGGUACCCAGUCCAGCAGGAGCAUUUGGCCCGGCGCAGUCAACAACAGUCCCUUACGCAGUCCCUCACCCAAGUCAUGCUCUUUCAUCAGGUAGGGAAUUCUUCCUGCGCAGAGAUCUGACAGCCCCAGUCAUGCCAGGGCUCCCUUAUCAACAUUCUGCUGCUACAGGUUCUCACCAUGGAAUGUUUGUCUCAACAACAGGUAGCUACCCCGGACACCAUGCUCACCACCACCACCACCACCUCCACCACCACUCAGAAGCCGGAACUCCCUCGCUUUUUACUGGACUCCACCAUGAGCAACCUCCCCAUGCAGCUCCAGGUGGCCAUCUAAACGGACAGAUAAGGCUGGGGCUACCUGGAGAAAUGUAUGCCAGGUCUGAACCUUUCACGCCAGUACCAGUCUCCAGGACAGAUCCUUUUGCUGCUUCCUCCUUCCACGGCUACGGUGGCAUGAACCUGAACGUGAAUUUAGCUCCACACCACGGCCCUGGGGCUUUCUUCCGCUACAUGAGGCAGCCCAUCAAGCAGGAGCUCAUCUGCAAGUGGAUCGAACUGGACCAGACUCCCAAAAAAUUAUGCUCGAAAACUUUCAGCACCAUGCACGAGCUGGUGACUCACGUCACCGUGGAGCACGUUGGAGGGCCGGAGCAGUCCAACCACAUUUGCUUCUGGGAAGAGUGUCCCAGAGAAGGGAAGCCUUUCAAGGCCAAAUACAAACUGGUCAACCACAUCCGAGUCCACACGGGGGAGAAACCUUUCCCUUGUCCUUUCCCGGGAUGCGGGAAAGUCUUCGCUCGCUCGGAAAAUCUCAAAAUACACAAAAGGACGCACACAGGCGAGAAGCCCUUCAAGUGCGAGUUCGAGGGUUGCGAGCGCCGCUUUGCCAACAGCAGCGACAGGAAGAAGCAUUCCCACGUGCACACGAGCGACAAGCCCUACAACUGCAAAGUGCGAGGCUGUGACAAGUCCUACACGCACCCCAGCUCCUUGCGGAAGCACAUGAAAGUCCACUGCAAGUCCCCACCUCCCAGCUCGGGCUACGAGUCGUCCACCCCGUCGCUGGUGUCGCCGUCGUCGGACUGCGGCCGGGAGCCCCCUCAGCCGCCGCCGCCGCCGCCGCCACCGCCGCCCGCAGCGGCUUCCUCCACCCAGGCGGCAGCGAACCUGAGCGAAUGGUACGUGUGUCAGAGCUCAGGGGCCAGCGGCAUCCCGACUCCACCCAGUAACUCUCCGUCACCUCACCCGGGAGAGGCCGCUUACACGAACUGCGAGCCCCGGUCCACUUAUUAA